CUGAUCAGUCACUGAUCAGUCUGAUCAGUAACUGAUCAGUCACUGUUCAGUCACUGAUCAGUCACUGAUCAGUCACUGUUCAGUCAGUGGCACUCCGCACUUGGUAUGGGUCCAAAAUGUAUAAAUAGCUGAGCUCAAACUCUCAGACCUCAGUAUACUGAUAAACACUGACCAGUAUGUAUAUCAAACAAAGGAACCAUAAGCCAACAUUGGAGGAGGUUGCUCCUACCAUAUUGGAGAUUGCUAGGUUGAAGCGUGAAAUCAAAAGGAGGCAUAAGGAAAUCAUGCUGGGUAGACGGAUUGCAGAAGAGAAACAUGUGGAACACUUCAAACCUCUAGCUGAGCCACUAGUCAACCUAGUCGAAACCUUCCAACAGAUGCCAGUUCAACAACCACAACUACCUCCAUCAAGAGCAUCCAAGAAGCGUCCUAGGUAUCUGAAGCCUAGAAUAAAAAUGCGCUCCAGGCAUGUGAAGGGUAGGCAGAGACAAUCCAAGCCAGAGUUGUUAUCAUCAGAACAUCGUCCUUCUCAGCAGCAUCAACACACCACACAUAUCCUACUCCACCAACAACACCAUUUGUUAAAGAUGCCACAUAUACAAGGCGUGGACUUACUGGUGCAAGUAAAGCAAAACAUAAGCUCCAACUCUCCAGCAUUGAUGAAGAGUCACCAACAUUUGAAUCAUAUGGAACUGGAGAAGUUUCAAGUCCAAUGGCAGGCACCUCAAGAGUUGGACGGCAACUAUGGAAAGCAGGAAAGCAGGCAUUUGAAGGGGAUGAGGGUGAGGAGUAUAAUAUGAGUAGAGGAUAUGAUGAUAGCAGUGAUGAGGAGCUGUCUGGAGAUGGACAGGAUGAUGAUAAGAAUGUUGAACAAUUAUUGAAUGAAAGUCAUGGUACAACAGUUCAGAAUAUCCUUGAUCAAACUGAUCUAGCUGGAAAACAGGUAGCUGAUUACAUUAGAGGAUCAUUGAGCAAGGACAAUGACGAUUUUGAUGACACUUUUGGGCCAAGAGUGAGAGACAAUGCUUACUACCUGGGCAAUAAGUAUUUAACUUUUGGAGAGAAUGGUGAUGAAAUUGUGCUGACUGACCCUGUAGAUCAGGAAGAAAAGACCUUCACAGCUACAUUGGGACUUUGUGAGUUGAUUUUCAAGAAGAAUCCAAAUCGUGCAUUAGUUGAAUCUGCUGACAGACAGGCUUAUGGAGAAAUAUUGAACUGGACCAGUGUGCACAGACAGAACAAUGAUCCAAGAGGUGAGAUUGUUAACUACAACAAAGCCAAGUAUAAGAAUACAAUCAAACGCCUUUUGGAUGAUAGCAGAGAUGGUGGUCAAAGACAUUCUGGGAGACAAGUGACUGGGAGAGGAUCUAUUGCCCCAAGGCGUGAUUUUAGUAAGGAGAAAAGUCAGAAGAUCUAUAGAGGAAGAGGUGUUCUGUCAGCUAUCAAGGGAGCUGCUGGUACAAUAGUUAAUAAGGCAAUCGACAUUCUACCAGUUGAACUUCAUAUCCCUGGCUAUCAAUACUGUGGACCAGGAACAAAACUUCAGAAGCGAUUAGCACAAGGUGAUCCAGGAAUCAACAAACUUGAUCAGGCUUGCAAGGAGCAUGAUAUUGCCUAUUCCAAGAGUGGUGAUACAGCAAGCAGAGCAGUAGCAGACAGCAUCUUGGCAGAGAGAGCCUGGGACAGAGUGAGAUCUGAUGAUGCGGGGGUGUUGGAAAAAGCUGCAGCACUAGCAGUCACCAACAUUAUGAAGGCUAAGGCAAAAUUUGGGGGAGGUAUGAAAAGAUCACUGAAGGAAGUCAGCAGGGUGGUUGAGAAGGGGAAGAAACAAAAGAUUCAACCAUCAAAGAAAAAAUCAAUGAAAGGAGGUCGAGGUCUUUACUUGAGACAUCAGAAACCAAAGGUUGGUACAGGUCUUUACUUGAGACAGCAGAGAUCAAAGGUUGGUAAAGGUCUUUACUUGAGAAAGCAGAGAACAGCAACACCUUAGACAUUAUAUUGAGGUACAAUCAAAAUCAUAAUGCUGUACAAAUAUGGAUAUAUAUUGGAUACAUAGCAGAUUAGAUUCAUUGUGCUGGAAUCAUCUGUGGAGAAUAGACAUUUUGUCGAUCAACUGUGUAUCUAGAACAAUAGAGAAGAUGGUACUCCUAUUCUCAAAGUGGGCCGACUAUGGUGAGACAAAUUUACCAUCAAUCUCCCCAUUUGAUUUGAAAAUGGUUGAGGAUCAUGUAGAAGAUGAGGAAGAGGAAACUGAUAUGGAGGAGGACAAUGAGGUAGAGGUGGAAGAGGAGGAGGAGGAAGAGGAGGAGGAGGAGGAUGAUGUAGUGGUGAGAAAUACUACUACACCUAUACUUUUGACUUGAAGGAGCAUCAAUUACCUGAAGGAAAGAGGUUGUGAGGUGAUUCAACAUCAAUGACAGGGUAUUGUCUCUAACUGAAACAGUGUUCUAGAGGUAACAUUGAAUAUCAUCCGAAGACUAUCAGACAACAUAGAAGACUUGCCAAGGACUAGUGCUGGAAAAGGAGUCUACUACCUAGGACAUCACCUGCUUGUCAUGGACCAAGGAGAAACAUCAUGGAUACAUAACUUUUCUGCACACUCAAUAUGAUAAACAACUUGAAUUUUGGAACAGAGAUAUACCUGCUUGUAGUAAACUUUUCAAUGAAAUAGAUGUUGAAUUGAUCAAUAAAUAGCUAAUUGUAUUCCAAACUGUUUACUUAUUACCUACCAUCUCCUUAGAUAUAGUUUAGCUAUAAGUAUAUUCUGAGUGCCACUGACUGCGCUCAGAAUGCUCAUGCUCAGCCGGCGGGACAAUUGCCAGCCGCAGCAGGUCGACUGUUGGUGGCGGUCGGACGACCGGUGAGGCGACCGGCGGGGCGACUGGUGGCCGGGCGACCGGUGGCGGCCGGACGACCGGCGGUGGCCGACCGGCGGCGGCCGGGCGACCGGUGGUGGGGCGACUGGCGGCGGCCAGGCGACUGGUGGCGAUAGUGGGGCGACUGGUGGUGAUAGUGGGGUGACUGGCGGCGAUGGUGGGAUGACGUGACAAUAGUGGUACGACUGGUGGCGAUAGUGGGAUGACUGGCGGCAAUAGUGGGGCGACUGGUGGCAAUAGUGGGGCGACUGGUGGCAAUAGUGGGGCGACUGGUGACGAUGGUGGGGCGACUGGUGGCGAUAGUGGGACGACUGGUGGCGAUAGUGGGACAACUGGUGACGAUGGUGGGGCGACUGGUGGCGAUAGUGGGACGACUGGCGGCGAUAGUGGGACGACUGGUGACGAUGGUGGGGUGACCAACAGGGUGAUCGGUGGCGGCCGGGUGACUGGCGGCGGCCGGGCGAUCGGUGGCGGCCGGACGACUGGCAGCGGGAUGACUGGCAGUGGUGGGCCAGUCUACCCACUACAUACAAAAAAUAUAUCCUCUGGUUCUGUUGAUACUGACCUUUAAUACUUACCUUUACCGCCUUGGAUUCGAGCAUAGAGCCUCCAACUCAGAAAGCUGACUUGCUAACCACUACACCAUAGAGGAUUUAUGUUUAAAGACUUAAAUUAUAUAGAAUAUGAUACUUCUUCCGACCGGCGGCGGCCGGGCGACUGGUGGGGUGACCGGUGGUGGCCGGGCGACCGGCGGGCAGUUCAAGAUCAGUAGGGAAAUUUUUUUCCCUUUUUCCCAUUUAUUCCCAAUUUUAAGUGUUUUUAUUUAUUUAUUUAUUUUUUUUUUUUUUCGAUUUAUGUGUUUUUAAUUUUUUUUUUUUAAUUUUUUUUUUAUUUAUUUAUUUUUUUUUUGGGUGACCUUGAGGUUAGGGUGGUUGACCUGGAUGACCUUGAGGUUAGGGUGGUUGACCUGGAUGACCUCGAGGUGGGUGUGGUUGACCUGGAUGACCUUGAGGUAGGUGUGGUUGACCUAGAUGACCUUGAGGUGGGUGUGGUUGACCUGGAUGACCUUGAGGUGGGUGUGGUUGACCUGGAUGACCUUGAGGUGGGUGUGGUUGACCUGGAUGACCUUGAGGUAAGUGUGGUUGACCUAGAUGACCUUGAGGUGGGUGUGGUUGACCUGGAUGACCUUGAGGUUGGGGGUUGUUGACCUGGAUGACCUUGAGGUUGGGGGUGGUUGACCUGGAUGACCUUGAGGUAAAGGGCGACUCUGGUGCACUUGUGCACCAGAGUCGCCCUUUUAUAUCUACUUUUAUGACCUUAAAAAAAUAGAAAAAAUUUAUUUUAAGAAUAAAGAACGUUUGUAUCUGAAAAAGCGUUGAUAAUCGUUGAUAAAAAUGACCACAUGGUUGCUAAUUUUCCUUUACUGCCUCCUUCUAUAUAGUACUUUGAGUAGCUGUGAUUCAAGUUGCUUCGGUAUAUUUGUUACAAGAUUAAUUAUUAGUAAUAAUGAAUUCCAUCUCAAAUAUAUUUUAUUCGCCUAGAGACAGUUCUUUGUCAUGAAGAAAAAACCUAAUAUGAAUGUAUGAAUGAAUAUUAUACCACCAUUUUGUUGUUAUAUCUAUUGAAAUUAUUUUGUUGGAUGAAGCUUAUUAUUUGUUUUUUAUCACAUAGUAGAUAACAUUUUUUAGCAAGAUUCUUAUCAAUAAAUUCGAUAAAAAAUAUUUUGAGUAAGAGAGAAAAUGGUCAAAUUUGCAAACUAAAACAUUCCCUCAGUUCUUCACAAUUUUCACUAUAUCCUUACUAUAAUUCCUUUGAAAAAUCAUUGUUGAAUAUUGAUGAUACCGAUAUAAUAAUUGAUAUAAUUAUUAUAUCUUUCAUAAUUAUAUUAUAAUUAUUAUAGUUCCACAUAAUUUAUUUGAGCCAUAUUGGUUUAAUUUAAAUUGAGGUGAUUAAUUAUCGAAACAUUUUGUAAAUUGUAACAGCUUGAAGAGUGGUAACAGCUGUGCCUAGUGGAAAGUUGUGUAUAUAUUUUUGGCAACAGGGCAGAUUGGCAACAGUGCACGUCUUGGCAAGCAUCCAAGCAUGUGAUGAUUGUACGUGAAAGACCACUAACGCGCCUGAGUAUGUGUUAGUGCUAAGGUGGUGGGAGUGUGUCAACUGCCUGUGCCUGUAUCAUAAUAUUAUGUGAUCAAAAUCUGAACACAAGCGCGCUCUAUCGAGAAUCUUGAGAACUAGCUGUCAUAAUUCUGUUUAUGCUUAUUCUGUGGUCCAGUGAAAUUUCAACUCUCAUGUUGGUCCCCGGGACCCCCAAUUUUAAAUUUGAUCAGAUAGUCACAAAAUGAAACUUUCAUGUUUUACCUGAAGAAUUUGACUUGCCGAAUGGUUAUAUUCCACUCAAUUUAUGAUAUUCAUCCAUAAUUAAUUUGGAUCAUUGUCAAGUUAUUAACCUCAUGAUGGUCCUUUCUAACCUCCAAAGUGCUUAUAUAAUAUUAUUGCUGUAUAAAAUUUACUCCUAUGUUGGGUCUUGAGUGAUUUGGUGCCAACAUUGGAGUUGCAUGCAAAUUUCACACCUCAAGAAGGUCCUUCAAUAUUAUAAUUGCUGCGUGAAAUGUGCUCCUAUGUUUGGUCUGCUGAGCUGUGUUGCCAAUUCUCAUAUAGUAAAUAAAUUUUACUCCUCAUGAAGGUCCAUCAAACGUUGCCAUACUUUGUCUUUGUAAUAAUGAUACAAGAUUUGUUUGAAUCAACCAGCAACUGGCUCUGUGUGAACUUGUAGUGCACAUAACUCAAAACAUUUUGUAGUCUGUAGAGCAUUGUCAAUAAACUGAGAUUUUCAUGUUGUCAGAAUAUGUAAAGAAAAAAAUUGUACAAGCACCGUUAUUUAUGCAUUAAAAGUUGAUUAAUAAAG